AUGCGGAACCCACCAGUCUUGAAUGCCCCAGAGCCAGCCGAAAAGCUUUUCUUGUACCUUGGAGUUUCUAACAUUGCAACCAGUGGUGUGCUGAUACGAUGUGCCGAGGGUAAGCAGUUCCCAGUUUUCUAUGUAAGCAAAACGUUGAUCGAGCCAGAAAGAAAGUAUUCAAAGGUUGAACGAGUAAUCUUAUCCUUGGUAAAUGCAAAGAGGAAGCUCAGGCAUUACUUCGAGUCCCAUCCUAUAGUCUUUCUGACCACAUUUCCUAUAAGGGUGAUCCUGCAUAAGCCUGAUUUGUCCGGACGAAUGACGAAGUGGGCAAUAGAACUUAGUUCUUUUGACAUAACGUAUGAACCCCGAACGGCCAUUAAAGGGCAAGCUGUGGACGAUUUCUUACUGGAGUGUGAUAUGGAUGAGCCAGAUGAAUGUCUUGAAGAAUCUUCAUGGAAGCUCUUCAUUGACAGAUCCUCAAAUCAGAUUGGGGUAGGAAUUGGGGUCAAGUUACAAACACCAGAAGGCACUACGCUGAGCCAAGCGAUCAGGCUUGAGUUCAGAGCAACCAACAAUGAAGCAGAGUAUGAAGCGCUACUGACUGGGUUAAGGUUGGCCAAGGAGCUAAGAGUCAAAAGCUUAGUCGCCUUCAGUGAUUCACAGUUAAUCAUUCGGCAAGUGACUGGGGAAUAUAGAACAAAGGAUGAGACAAUGGAGGCAUACCGUUCCGCCGUUAUGCAUAAGGCCAGAAGUUUUGAUCAGAUUAAGUUCAUUCCAUUGCCGAGCGAGCAUAACGAAGAUGCCGAUCGGUUGGCCUGCAGUGCGUCAAGCUCAGGUGGAACAUUGGCAAGGGUGAUUCCAAUUGGUGUGCUAUGCCAGCCAUCUAUCCUGCAGGAACCGUCAAGCUCGGAUCCCUGGCAGAUGAAUGUCAUACCAUAUGAGCCAAGCUGGAUAGAUCCAAUUAUUGCGUAUAUACGAGAUGGUGUUUUGCCCGAACAGAGGGAUAAAGUAAGAAGGAUCAGAUCAAAUGCUAUAAAAUAUGCCACAGUAUACAACCAACUAUACAGGAGGUCUUAUUUAGGACCUUACUUAAAGUGUGUAACCCCUGCAGAGGCUCAGCAGAUACUGCGGACUAUCCAUGAAGGGGUUUGUGGUAAUCAUUCGGGGGAAGGUCUCUAG